GCACUAUGCGACUAUUUUAAACAUUUUGGAACUCCCAUUACCUUCUUAUCAAGACGUGCUUGUUAACAGGACAAACAGGAAGUGUGUAAGGUUUGGGAGAGUAGUUGAAAAGUCUUGUAGCUAAUGUCAAAAAUUACGUUUCUGGUGCGUCGAGGAAUUGCCGAGUAAAUUGCAUUUGUUGUAACAAGGUGGUCUAUAUAAAUACAAGUCAAUCAUUGUUCCUUUAUAAUUUCAGUCGGAUACAUGUAGCCAGCCAGCCAUAAUUUACGCGUCACAGAGACUACAAAGGCAUUGAUUGACUGCGUGAUGAUGUGUGCAACAGCUCUUUCUUACUAGCUCAUUAUUUUAGGAUUGAUUUAGCGUGAUAGAGUAGCUAGCACCUGGUUGUAUAGUAUUCACGACGUGGAGUGACGAUGACAUUACAAGUGGGUUGCCUAUCAUUCAAGCAGCCGUAUGCAGGAUUAGUACUGGACGGUGUAAAAAGUAUUGAGACACGUUGGCGCCCUCUGUUGUCCACAAUGGAAAACUGCACUCUAGCUAUUCAUAUUGCGCAGAAGGACUGGGAGGCCGACCAGUGGAGAGACAUCCUCACCCAUACACUGGGAAUGAGCCACAUGCAAAUAGAGGAACUUCUGGCAUCCGGAGACAGAUUUGGCCGUGGAGUCGUAGCAGGCUUGGUGGAAGUGGGGGAGACCUGGUGCUGCUCUGACAAUGUGCCAGAGAAGGAUCUGAGGGAGCUGGAGAAGGCAGCAGUGCUCACUGGGCUCACAGAGAAACACCUCACACAGCUGUCAAACCCACGCUGGCUCAAGGAACCCCUUUAUGCCAGAGGUCACAAAGACAUAUGGACAGUAGAUAUCCCAGUGCAAUUACUGCCAUCUGCGUAGUUGUAGUAAAAUAAUGUAUACUCAUUUUGUACUUUUUUUGACAGGAUUUUGACAGGAUCAUCUAUCAAGUUAGGGAGGCAAUAUAUUUGUAGACUACUCGCUUUCGCUUUAAGGUGCAAUAAAUGACCAAUGGACCAAAGUAUUGUCAAUGUUAUUGUAUAUCCUGCAUGUCUAAAAUUCAUAUAGACACCAUAACUUUGUUGCAAUAGGCAUUUAUUAUUAAUCUAAAUCUGUUUGCAGGGAGAAUGGGAGGUCUGAAUCAUUGGAGCUAUGGGAGGUGAAUCCCUGUGGCAGUGAGGAGUUAAGAGGGCAAGGGUGCCAUGCCAUCACUAAUGGAAGAACGAAGGAUAUCCAGGUGGUGGUCAUGUGGGUCUGGAGCUGGGCUAGACAAGCUGCUCGAGCAUUCUGCUUUGAGAACUGGGUAGUCAACCGGUGCUUGGGCUGCUGUUGCUGUUUUCUUCAGCCUCCUGGCCUGAAGUGCAAAGGUCUGGUGCCAACGAUAUGGCUGAAGUGCUUGGGAGUGGAGCUCCCCAGUUCAGCCCAGUCGGAGUCACACUGCCUGUAUCUGCAACGCUUGGGCUAUGCUGGUGUCCAGCGCUGGUCUCAUUGCUGUUACCUGAUUUCUCCCUCCCUAUGCCAAGUCUUGUGCCUUUUGACCUGCACACAUCUCUUCAUUCGUGACAGGAGAUGUUUGAAUGGUUGGCGGAAAUUGGGAUUGGAGUAGUAGUGCAGCUGCAGGAUUAAAAAGUCAGUGUCAAGAAGUCACACGUCCGAAUUGGAAAUUAGCGUAACACAAUUUGAUAUUCAUGAAACUUCCCUUUGACGUCCAUGCGCUGUCUUCCCUAAGCAAUGAAGGUGCUUAGAAGUCGACCUCGAUACCAGGGAAAGCUCUUAAAUCCAUAGGCGUUGAGUUGGCGGAGAAAACUCUUCAUGCCAGACGUUUCGCAGAUUUUGGAUGGUUCGGUGCUUUUCAUUACCUCCCGUGUGAACAACUCCUCGUCUAUCAAUACUUACAUUCCCGUGAGGCCGCAUUUCAUAGAUUCUAGAAUUUCUCUCUAGUGGUCCACAGUUGUUUUGAGAAUGAAAUGUAAUAAACAUGGGCAUCCACUGGGUUCAA